CUUUUCGUGUGACAACAAGCCUAGCGUAAUCUCAUAAGUAGAGUUUGAGGAGGGUAGUGUGCACAAAUAUUACCCUAUCUUGAGAAAGUAUAGAGAAGUAACAAUAGCAAGUAAUAAGAAACCUAAGCGAAGAAACAACAAAGUGGUAAUACAAAUCUACGAAUAAGAAAAUACAAGACUAACACUAAUACUAUUGGAACUGAAAAGGAAAGAAAAGCACUCGAUUACCUAUUAACCCUCUACCUUAAUUCUCGGCCUCCACAUUCUUCUAUCAAGGGUUAAAUGUCUAUAAGCUGAAGCAACAUCAUGUCUUGCCUAAUCACCUCGCUCCAAUACUUCUUAGGUCUGUUUCUAUUUCUCUCAGACCCACCAAGGCCAACCUCUCACACCUCUUCACUGGGCCAUAUGCGCCUCACAGCUUUACAUGCCCGACCAUCUAAGCUUCAUUUCCCGCGUCUUGUCCUCCACUGAGGCUGCUCGCACCUAGUCUCAAAUAUCUUCAUUCCUUAUAAAUAGUUGAAAAAUAUAAGUAGCUUAGUAUUUGUUUGACUUGUUUUAAGCUUACUUUUAUUUUGGCAAGCGAGUAGGAAUCCGCAACAACAACUACCGAUGACUAAAAAUAAAACUUGAAAAAGUAGCUAGUGUCAAAAUGAGAUCAAAUAAUCCAAGUUAAUUACUGAUGGUCGCAGUAGCCAGCUAAGGUUCACUCUGUAUAGUCAAUGAAGAAAGAAUAAAAAAGAAAGGGUGGCAAAUGCAGUUUGAUCUUGGGUAACUUGAUCGCCAAGAGCCAUCAUUGACUAAGUGACCCUGCGACUGCUGUAUUAACUAGUAUAAAAUCCUUAAUAUCUCGUGCUUAUACCAGACCACCAAUUUCUUCCUCAGACUAAUCUUGUCUGUUUAGUACAAUGGCCAUGAAACCCGUGAAGUACUGUGUGGUGAGUAAUUUCUGUCUCACUCAUUUAUUAUGUUUAUUGAAUGUUAUUUUCAUUGUUUGAAAUGGUUGUUGAACUCACAGGUGGAUGCCUUCACUGACGCAGCAUUCAAAGGGAACCCAGCAGCCGUUUGCUUACUAGAAGAAGACAAAGAUGACAAAUGGUUACAGUCUGUUGCUACUGAGUUCAAUAUGUCUCAAACUUGUUAUCUCACUCCACUUACCCUAUCUAAGCCUAACCCCACAUUUGGCCUUCGUUGGUUCACUCCAGUUACUGAGGUAGAUCUAUGUGGACAUGCAACGCUAGCAGCUGCACACUUUCUGUUUGCCUAUGGCUUAGUUAAAACUGAUAUGAUUGAGUUUUCAACAAAGUCAGGAAUUUUAACUGCCAAAAGAGUUCCAGAAGCCAAAGCUCCAAAUUCUCGGGACGACUGGCCAACAGGUUACUCAAUUGAAUUGGACUUUCCUGUUGUAAAAGUAGCCGAGACCAAUUUUGCUGAUGUUCCUGCAAUUUCGAAAAGCUUGAAUGGUGCAUCUGUGGUUGAGAUGCUUGAGACAUCUAAGAGUGAUCUUUUUAUUUUACUCCCAUCAGGUGAGGUAGUGGUCGAAUGCCAACCUCAGCUUGAUCAAAUAAAGAAUAUCCCUGGCAGAGGAAUGAUAAUAACAGGACCUGCUCCACAGGGUUCUGGCUUUGAUUUUUAUAGUCGCUUCUUCUGCCCAAAGUUGGGAAUCAAUGAGGAUCCUGUUUGUGGAAGUGCUCAUUGUGCCUUGGCUCCUUAUUGGCAUAAAAAACUUGGCAAACGUGACUUUGUUGCUUUAGCGGCCUCACCUAGAGGUGGCGUCGUGAACAUGCAUCUAGACGAGGAGAAUCAAAGGAUGUUUCUGAGAGGGAAAGCUGUUACUAUCAUGGAAGGUUCUCUUCUAGUAUAAUAUAGCUAGGAGUGGACAUCAUAAAUUUAAUAAAAUUGGUGGAAGUUUGUGUUAACUUUCUAAAAUCUCUAAAUUUGUUUUGGUUUUGUACUUC